AUGCUGGGUGGCCGCGGUGUGCUGUCGUUGCUUGUGCUUGCCGCCGUCCUCAUCCGUGUGUCUCGUGCGGCCUUGCCCUUUGCUGGCCCGGCGAGCCGCGAGGCCAUCCGUCAGGAAGUCAUCGGCUCGUCGGACUUCCAAGUCUGUGCAUAGACGAGACACCACACCUCAAUUGUUGUGUGUGUCUGUCGUGUGUGUAUGUCAGAUCAACAUUCAUCCGCCGGAGGUCACACACGUGCACACCGCAGCAAAUGCAUCCAUCCACGGGUGUGUGCAUCUCUCUCUCUCUCUGUGUGUGUGUGUGUGUGUGUGUGUGUUGUGUUGGUGUGUGUGUUGUGUGUCAGGAGGACACGCAGGAUGUGCUCGACUCGCUCGACAAGCUGCUGCGGCUGGAAGAAACAGAACGAAGGGCCGACGUACGCACACACACACACAGAACAUCCACCAGAGACACCAACACACUCAGAGACACGGACGGAUGGAUGGCUGAAUGUGUGUGUGUGUGUCAGGAGGAGGAUUACGUGAGUGAGAAGCAGCGACUGCUCACAACAGAGAAGCAGCGCGUCCGUGACGUCGUCCACGCCGCUUAUGAACCCCUCCUCGCCACCAUCCCCAAGCCAAUCUCGGUCAGUCGGCCGUCACACAUUCAUCGCAAUCGACACACGACCAUCUCAUGAAUGCGUGUCUGUCUUGCCGUCAGACGCGCAUCACUCGAGUCAUGUCCAAGUAUGUUUUCCCCCAGCCAAAGCGUGGCCGCCUGCCCGCACUGAGAUUCAGACAGAAGCAGACCAAGGCGGCACGCAAACACCAACAGCCAGACGGCCCAGUGGAGUCGAGCGUCAGGGAGACAACAGCCCAGAUGAAUGCUCCGCCCUCACUCUACGGUGAGGCACACAAACAUCCAUCCAUCCAUCCAUAUGUGUGUUGUGUCGUGUGUGCAGGCAACCGACUGACACAGCCUCAGUUUCCACCUGUGCAGCCCGAGAGGUCAGAGGUGCUGAUGCUGCCCAACGGUGUGAUUGAUGGCAAAGGCACGAUAAGUGACCCAGCAGAAGACAAACAAUAGACAGGCAAUGGCCACGCACCGACAGACAUACAUUGGCU